UUCAGAUCUAAUCCAUUGUAUAACCAAAUACAUACUUCUUUAAGUCUGUUAAUUUUCGAGGGACGGUUAAUACUAGUGGCCGGCAAAAUUGAUUUUUCCGGACUAGGAUUCCGGGUUUUUAACUUGAGCCGGACCGGAUCCGGUCGGAUUUUUCAGGAUUAAUCCGGUCCGGUGCCGGUCACUAGUUAAUACAUAUCAGACGACAUCUUAUCUUCGACUAUGAAAUAAUUUUUUAUCGUCUUUUACUAAUAUAAAAUAAAUUAUUUUUCUAAGCUAUUUGGGAUUAUAAUUAAAAAUUUAUUUUCAAAAGAAAAAUGGAAUCUAAAAUUAAAACAAUUUUAACAUUAAUUACUUUAUUCGCUUUAAUUGCAAAUAUUUAUGGACAAGGUGUUUGUGUUCAUCAAGGAAAGGAAUAUAGAAAUGGAGAGGAAUGGACUUAUCGUUCAUUUAUUAUGCGUUGUGAUGUCCACCAUAAUUAUUGGCAAACAAAGGUAGUUGCUUGUGUCUCAUUAAUGGGAGAUAGAAUUCCGGUUGGUGGACAAAAAUCUGAUAGACAUGGUCUUUGGAAAUGUAUACAAGAUCCAUCUGGAAAUACUCGUUUGGUGCAGGAAUGA